UUCUCCAGGUCUUCGAAUCCAGAAAAAGUAAUCUGUAAUUUUUAUGAGCCUUCUUGGCGAGCAGAGUACUUAAGAGACGACACAUACAAACAUCUGGUUGCUCUGGUCUGUAUCCAUAUUAUAGCAACCCUGCCGACGAUUAUUCUAAAUGCGCUGGUCAUUUUUGCCGUGGCAACAAGGCAAAGACUGCGAAACAACUCCACCAUAUUUCUUGCUUCUUUAGCUGGGGCGGAUUUGUUUACGGGGCUUGUUGCUCUACCGUUUGCCUUCUUGAUAGGCUUGAAUCAACUUCUUGGUUUUGGCUCAUUCUGUUCGCUAGAAAAAGCGUUUAUGGUGAUACUCACGAUAGUCAUUAAUGCUCCGCUCAGUCAUCUGGCUGUGAUCAGCGUAGACCGCUAUAUAGCAAUCAGAUACCCCUUAAGAUACCAGGUCCUCGUCACAAAAACAAGAAUAAUGAUCAGUAUUAUUCUCGCCUGGGCUAUCACUUUUAUGGUAACAAUCAAUGAAUUUGUUCUAGCUCUGAUUAGUGAGAGCAUUCACUCGAGUUAUCCUCGUGUUAACAUUAUCGUACAAACUGUCACUGGUUCUCUUUUCAUUGUUGUUAUUUUAUUGUCUUACGGUUACAUUUACUCAGAAACACGAAGACAAGUUAAACGCCUGCGGGCCGAACAACUGCCUCAAGAAGAAAUCCAAAGAAUCAAGAAAGAAAGAAAGGCCGCCACUACUCUGGCAAUCAUUCUGAUUGCUUUGGUAAUCACUUAUUUACCAGCAAUAGUAGUGGGGACACCGGCUGCUCUUCCGCUGGGUAGCAUUUCCACGCCGCCGCGUUUCAUAGUCAUCAUAUGGAGAUGGGCAGAAAGUUGCAUCAUGUUGGGUUCUGUGUUUAACCCUAUCAUUUACUGUUGGCGUAUGGAGAAACUGCGACGCGCAUUUCUCGAGAUACUACAUCUAAGAAAACCUGAAAACACCCUUCAACAAGCAGAAAUAAGAGGAACUCAGAGCAAUCAACCUGGACUCAGUACAAACCAGGCUCACUCGUUGUCCGAAAACGGGCAACCGAUUUUGUUGUCAUUUCGGCAGCUGCAAUCCGAUUAUAUCGCUAGCAUCGAAGAGGCCAACGAGUAA